GGUUCGGAGCUGCGCAGGCCGCGGCGGAGGAGAAAUGUUCGGCCCCGCAGCCUCUGCAGCCCCGCGGCUCUGCGCUCCGCAGGGAGGAGGUCGAACUGGCGCAGACAGGAGGAGGAGGUGUUGAGGUGCAGAGGAGGAGCGAUGAUGGAUGGAGACUCUGUCCCUGUCAAAGAUGGCGGCGCCCGGGAGGAGCAAAGGAGGAUGGGAGACCUGGAAUCUGUCAGGAUUCUGGAGAACCUCCCAAACGGAGGCGGCGAGCAGCAGCAGGAGGAGGCAGGAGGACAGAGGAGGGAGAGCAAACAGCAAGAGGAGGAGAGACCAUGCUGCUCUCCUACGCCUCCUUCGGGAGAGCUAAGAGGAGCUGGUGAGGAGGAGAAUCCAAACAGACGUGAGCAGGUAGAGGAGAUGAAGGAGCAAGAGGGAGAAAUGAUCCAAAGUGAGGAUGAGGAGGUCAAGCAGCCUCCUUCCUCCUCCAACGUUUCUCCUGCACAACAGAUGGGAGAAGUUAGAGGAAAGGAGGAGGAGAACGUAGAAGAACAGGGUGGUCUGAUAGGAAAGGAGAGUCCCUGUUCCUCCCCUGCAUCUCCUCCAGGAGGUGAUGAUGACAAGGCAAAGGAGGAGCAGCUGGAAGGUGAGGUGGUGCUGUCAGGAGAGGAGAACCAGGAGGACUCCACAGAGCUCCCCGAUCAUAAAACAAGAACCUCCUUCCACCGAGAACCUUCUGCAGAGGAGAACCACCCAGCUCCUCCGUCCAAGGAGAACCAGGAGGAGUCCACAGAGAUCCCUGAUCAGAAAACAACCAUCUCAUUAGACCCAGAACCUCCUGCAGAGGAGAACCACCCAGCUACUCCAGCACCUCCUUCCUCAGCUGACCUGGAGCUCCCUGCACCUCCUCCUUCUGCACUUCCCUCUAAAACCAGAGCGCCCCCUGCAGGUGCAGCUCAGAGACACAAUAAAAACUCCUCCUCUGCUCCUCUUCGAAGAUCAGGCGCUCCUCCUCCCCUCAACAAAGGUAAAGCAGCUGUGAAGGAGACACCUGAUGAAGCCGUGAAGGUCUCCAGGACAGCAGGGGGCAGCAAAGCUGCAAAGAUGAUCUCAGCCAAGAGUACAGAGUCCGUGGACGGCGUCAACAGUCCAGGAAGUCGCUCCCCUGCCAGCAGAUCAUCCACCCCCAACAGAGAUGUGAAAAAGGUGGCUGUGGUCAGAACCCCUCCCAGGUCUCCUGGUUCUGCCCGCGGCCGGACACCUCCUCCCACCUCCCACCCGAUGCCUGACCUCAGCAGCGUGAAGUCCAAAGUGGGAUCCACGGAGAAUCUGAAGCACUCACCUGGAGGGGGCAAGGUUCACAUCGUCAACAAGAAGUUGGAGCUGGGUAACGUGGCAUCAAAGUGUGGCUCUAAGGAUAACCUCCACCACAAACCAGGUGGAGGGAAGGUGGAGAUAAAGUCUGAGAAGGUGGAUUUCAAAACUGUUCAGUCCAAAGUCGGUUCUCUGGGAAACGUCACCCACGUUCCAGGAGGAGGGAAGAAGAAGAUUGAGAGCCACAAGCUGACGUUCAAAGAGAACGCCAAAGCUCGGACUGACCACGGGGCUGAAAUCGUCAUUCAAGAAGACUCCUCCCCUCGUCGCCUUAGCAACACUUCCUCCCAUGGAAGCCUUAAUGCUACUGAAGCCCCGCCCCUCGAUACCCUGGCCGACCAGGUGUCUGCGUCCCUCGCCGAACAAGGCCUGUGAUUGGACCAGCUCUGUGCCUGCAAACCCCACCCUCUUUGUUACCAAGAAAACCAACAGACCGCAGAGAGAAAAUACUUCUACCUUGCUCUUCAUGUCAUAAAGAAAAACACUGUGAUUGGAGAGAUUUUACGAUUCAGAGUGAACAGCAGCCAACCAGUUAGUCAGCCAGGUGAGUCUCAGCAGGUGAUCCGACAACAGGAACCAGUCCUCAGGUAUCUUCAGAAUCCUUUGAGUGCAGCUGAAACCAACCCUGAAGGACCCUGGUCUCCUUAUGGCUGCAGGUGUUCAGGUGGUCUCUGUGCCCCUCCUGUUAUUCGGCAUCUACCCCUGGAAACAUCUUCACCUGGUUUAUUCACCUGUUCAGGUAUUCCUGCUA